AUCUUUGCACCGGCAUGGCGCUGACACCAAGAGAGGUUAAUGGAGAGGAGGCAGAUUGGUACGAGCUCCUGAUGCCACUGCUCGAACCCAUGGUGGAGAUGGGCGUCCUGGACAAUGAUUCACCACCGCCUCCACUGGUUGACCCAGACGACCUACCCAUGUUAACAGAAAAUGAUAUAGGUUACCUGGGUGACCAGUUAACUUACUCCAGUUGCAUGCAGCCAUCUUACCUGGACAUGAACCCACUAGGUGAUGUUACCAAGCAGUACAUGAACCAUCAGUACCCGGUGUCUGAUUGGCCUGUUCAUCACCUGUAUGCUCCCACACCACCGCAGUGUCUUGAAGUACCCCCAAAGUUUCUGCCGGAGCAUGCAACUCAAAAGGACAUUCCUACCGCCAUAAAAGUCUCUGCAUCAAAAAAAAGGAAAUGUGAGCUCCUGGAGGGUGGAGAGAAGGCCUAUAUUAAAAAGCCGCCAAAUGCCUUCAUGAUCUUCAGGAAAGAGCAAAUGUCAACAGUCAAAGCUCAGCUGAAUAUCAGUAACAAUGCUGAGGCUAAUAAAGUCCUGGGUAACAUGUGGAAGUCGCUCUCAGCGUCGCAGCAGGAAAAUUAUCGGCUUGCUGACGUAGAGAACAGAAUCCACCGGGAGUUGUACCCAAACUGGUCCUGCACAGACAACUACGGCAAAAGAAAGAGGAAGCAGAGAGCAACAGUCUCAACAAGGAUCAAUCAAUGUGUUUGUCACUGUGUGACAGAAUAAAAUGCAGACCUGCAAACAUGAAUGCACUUUGAUGCUCCCUAGUAGCAAUCUGGGGAUUGCUGUAACUAUUUACUGGAGAGGAGGCAGAUUGGUACGAGCUCCUGAUGUCGCUGCUUGAACUCAUGGUGGAGAUGGGCGUCCUGGACAAGAUUCACCACCGCCUGCAGUGAUUGACACAGACGAACUACCCAUGUUAACGCUGUUAACAGAAAAUUACAUAGGUUAUCUGGGUGACUAGUUAACUAAUUCCAGUUGCAUGCAGCCAUCUUACCUAAACAUGAACCCACUAGGUGAUGUUACCAAGCAGUACAUGAACCAUCAGUACCCAGUCUCUGAGUGGCCUGUUCAUCACCUGCAUGUUCCCACACCACCGCAGUGUCUUGAAGUACCCCCAAAGAGGUUGCCGUAGUGUGCAACUAUAACUCAUGAACACAUUCCUGCCUCCACAAAGGUCUCUACAUCCAAGAAAUAUGAUGUCCAGGAAGGCAUGCUUAAUCAUCUUCAGGAAAGCACAAAUGUCCAAAGUCAAAGCUCAGCUGAAUAUCCGCAAGUGCCAGUCAUCUAAACAAGAGGCCCCAUCUCUCCUACUCCCGCACACUCAGCAUUGGCUCUCCACAGGGCUGUGUGCUGAGCCCUUUGCUGUCUUCUCUCUACACCCAUGACUGUAGUCCAGCCCAUCCGGAGAACACCAUCAUCUGCCGAUGACACAACUGUGGUUGGACCCAUUACAGGGGUGGAUGAGUCUGCAUAUAGAGAUGAGGAAAAUCACUGCAGAACCCGCACCCCUCUACAUCAACGGCAAUGAGGUGAAGAGAGUAAGCUCUUUUAAGUUCCGCGACACCCUCAUAUCUGCUGACCUCUCCUGGACCCCAAAUACAACUAUGGUCAUCCGGAAGGCCCAGCGGACACUCAACUUCCUGAGGGGUGCUGAGGAAGAACAGACUGGAGAUGCAGCUGAUGGUGACCUUCUAUCGCUCGUCUUUCUAGAGCCUGCUGACGUACUGCAUAACAGUGUGGUACGCCAGCUGCACUGAAGCAGACAAAAAGGCGAUUCAGAGGGUCAUAAACUCUGCACAAAAAAAUCAUCUGCUGCCCCCUCCCCUUCCUGAAAGAUUCACACAACUCCCGUUGCCUCAACAGAGCAAAAAACAUCACCAAGGACAGCACACACCCUGGCUUCCACCUGUUCGACCUGCUACCAUUGGUCAGGUGCAGCUUUUUUCCCAAGCCGUCACCAUCUUGAACUCAGACUUAUAAGUAUGUCACCCCUAUACAAUAUCCUAUUCUAAUACCCUACUGUGCAAUAUUACCCUUCAAGUACAAUACAUCCGACAAUGAUUGUAAUUACUCCGGUACUCUUGUCUUGUUCUUUAUAUCGUACAGUAUUUUGUAUAUUGUACAAGAUUGCUUAUUUUUAUUGGCUCAUAGUCUGUUUUUUUCAAUACUUAUUUUUUUAUCUUUAUUACUUUUGUGUAAUUUAUUUUUAUCCCAUAUUUGUUUCCAUUACCGCACCUUAAGUUGGAGUCUUUUUUAUCCCGUUAUAUGCAAACAUAAUGACAAUA